ACAUACAGCUCGAUUCCAAAAAAACGCACACGGCAAGCGUGUCCUCGGAGCGCACGCCCUGCUGGAACUCCUCUCGCUCAUGCUCCUGUCGUAACGACUCAAGCGGCAGCCUCGACGACCAAAGGCUUCAGCCAACUUCCCGCCCCCCAACCCCCCCUGAUUGCCUGUCGCAACACGACCCUCCUCAGCAAAGCGCCAUGCCGCGCAGGAGGAGGCCGCCGCGCGCUGGCGCCAUGGCCGAGCUCCCGCCCUUGAGGAUCGCCACUCAGAUUGCGACUCUGCAGGCUCUUUACUACGUCGGCGCCAUCAUCCUCAUGCUCUUUACGGCCCUCGUCGCCGGCAUCUCGUUUACUCUUGAUGUCGUCUUCGGCUGGGAUGCCGUCAGGGGAGACACAACACAAGGCUGGCUCUGUGGAUUCGUCUUGGUCCUCGAUGGCGGGUUUUGCAUGGCGAUAGCCAUUAUCCUUCUCGUUUCCCGCUCGAAGCUUGUGCCCGACUUUGCCGUUACCAUCCAUGCCCUUCAUCUUGUCAUUACAACGCUGUACACUGGUCGCGUGCCCCGCAACGCCAUGUGGUGGGCCUGCAUGAUGGCAUCUGCAGGAUUAUGCGCCGCACUCGGCGUCUGGGGCUCGAGAUAUCGUGAGCUGCGCCCCAUAUACUUUGGCGGCAGUGGUGGUGGCGGUGGUAAUGGAACUGGUGGCAGACCUGGAGCGGGUGAUGAUUUGCAGUCAAACGGGGGGGGCCCAGUGGAAGGUGAUGAGGAGCAAGGGUUUUCGAGGGGAAGGGGGCGAGGUAGGGGAAGAGACGGAACAGGAGAGUAUGAAAUGUUAGGCAUCAAGACGGCUGAUUAG